UCCAAAGUUCAGAACUUUUUCAAUGUGCGUUUCAUUGACACACAGACAUGGGGACGGCCUGAACGCAGCUGAGCUCCAGCACGCUGCUCUGUUGUUGAGACUUUUCCUCUUUCUCUUUUUGGAGGAGCUGUGACUUGUGCGUCAGAGGAGGGAGAAGUGGAGCUCUCCGUGUGCGUAAAGUUUGGAGCUUUUCUUUCUGAAGACAUGCAGGCCCGCUACUCCGUCUCCAGCCCGAACUCUCUGGGCGUCGUGCCGUACAUCAGCAGCGACCCGAGCUACUACAGGGCCGCAGCCGGUGGCGGAUACACCGGGAUGCCAGCACCUAUGAACAUGUACUCUCACGCGGCGCAUGACCAAUAUCCUGCAAGCAUGGCGCGCGCGUACGGGCCGUACACCCCUCAACCUCAGCCGAAGGAUAUGGUGAAACCCCCCUACAGCUACAUCGCGCUCAUCACCAUGGCUAUCCAAAACUCGCCUGACAAGAAGGUGACCCUGAAUGGGAUUUACCAGUUUAUCAUGGAGAGGUUUCCAUUCUACCGAGACAACAAGCAGGGCUGGCAGAACAGCAUCAGGCACAAUCUGUCCCUCAAUGAGUGCUUCGUCAAGGUGCCUCGUGAUGAUAAAAAGCCCGGUAAAGGCAGCUACUGGACCCUCGACCCGGACUCUUACAACAUGUUUGAAAACGGGAGCUUUCUGCGGAGGAGGCGGCGGUUCAAGAAGAAGGACGCGCUGAAGGAGAAAGAGGAGCGGCUGCAGAAGGACGUCACAGCGGUGUCGAGGCAGCAGGGAGGCCGGGAGCAGGAGCAGUCGGUGCAGGGCUCCAAGCCGGUGAGGAUCCAGGAUAUAAAGACUGAGAACGGGACAGUCACGCCUCCGCAGGCCGACUCGCCCUCUCUGAGCACCGUGCCCAAAAUCGAAAGCCCGGACAGCAGCAGCAGCAUGUCCAGCGGGAGCCCUCACAGCAUCCCCUCCAACAGAUCCAUCGGUUUGGACAGCUCCGAGCACCACCAGCACCAUGGCCAGGCCUCCACGCAGGGCUUCAGCGUGGAUAACAUCAUGACCUCCCUCAGGGGGUCUCCACAAGGGGCCACGGAGCUCCCCUCCGGCCUCAGCGCCUCCACCAGGACAGGUAUAACCCCAUCUUUGUCCUUAAACUAUUCUCCAAGCCAGACAUCAGUGUAUAGUUCCCCUUGUACCCAAAACUCUAUCUCCACUACCUCCAACGCCACCUAUCAUUGUAACAUGCAAGCCAUGAGCUUGUACGCCGGGGACAGGUCGAGCCACCUGGCGCCGAGCACCACCGUGGACGAAACGUUGCCAGAUUACUCCGUCACCACAACCUCGUCCUCCCUGAGCCACGCGAACCUAAACUCCGCGCAGGAGGGCCACCAUGCGCACCAAGGAAGGCUGACUUCAUGGUACCUCAACCAGGCCGGAGACCUGGGCCAUCUGGGCGCGACGUACCCCUCAGCGCAGCAGCAGAACUUCCACUCAGUCCGAGAGAUGUUCGAGUCCCAGAGAAUCGGCUUGAAUAACUCACCGGUGAAUGGGAAUAACAGCUGUCAGAUGUCAUUCCCACCGAGCCAAUCCAUCUAUCGCACUUCGGGAGCUUUCGUAUACGACUGCAGCAAGUUCUGACCAAAACAACAACAAAAACAAGCUCAGUAUUUUCCUCACGGUGUUUGAACUCUUUCAGUAAAGCCAACAUUUCCCCCACAUGGACUUUAAAUGAGACAGAAAACAAACAGAAAAGACUUGAUCUCGUUUUUUUCUAAACAACAGUGUUACUGCAAAUAACACGUAAGUCUCUUUUUGCUUUUGUGCCUUUAUUCUAUAUGUUAAGGAUAUGUCAGUUUUCAUGGACGUGUAAAUUGCAUAUAGUAAUUUAUUUCUAAAAAAUGUAGCCGGAUAUUAUGGACCAAACACCAAAAAGUGUUUUUAAAAAAUUGAAUUUCCUUAAGUGUCCAGAAAUUCUGUUCCAUUAUAAAAGUAAAAAAGGAACGUGUAUAUCGCCGUACUAUUUCAAAGAUUCUUCCUCUGUUGAAAAGUAUUUUGAAGGAUUUGUUUGUUUGUUUAAUAAAUUGUCAUUUUAUGUGAGUUUAAAGUUACGCCUCGUUUCUUGUAGACUUGAAUUAAGAAUAGUGAUAUUGUGUAAGUAACUGAGA